AUGGACCAGCCUGUCGCUAUCGACCAGUCUUCGACGCACCCAUACACCUGCCUCUCAUGCCAGCUCGCCUUCCCCGACGCCCACUCGCAGCGCUCGCACUACCAGCAGGAGCUCCAUCGCUACAACAGCAGGCGUCGCGUGGCUGGUCUUGCACCCGUCUCGCAGGAGCUGUUCGAUGACAAGGUCAAGGAGAGGACGACGCAGCUCGGUGCGGUGAACGAGCAGGAGGAACAGCCGAAGAAGCUGGCGUGCAAGGCGUGCAACAAAACCUUCGCUUCCGCCGCGACUCUCGAUGCUCACCAGAAGACCAAGAAGCACCGCGACGCUGUGUUGAAGGCGGCUGCCAAGGUCAAGGUAUCGGACCUUGCCGCCAAGCCCGCCGAGGAAGACGAGUCGAUGGCCUCUCCCGUCCCAUCCACCUCGACCUCUCCUCCUCCCGCUCAGGUUCCGACUGCUACCGACGCCGACGUCCGCUUCGAGUCGUCCGGCGACGCCGACCUCGACCGCCUCGUCGCCAAGCGUCUCCAGUACGCUCCGCCCAUCCCCGUCACCUCCUGCCUCUUCUGCACGCACACCUCGUCGACGACGCAAGCGAACGUCGAGCACAUGCGCGCUGCGCACUCCUUCGUCAUCCCUGAAGAGGAGUACCUCGUCGAUCUCGAAGGACUGCUGCGGCGUCUCGGUGAGGAGGUUGGGACAUGGAAUGUCUGCGUGUACUGCGGGAAGGGCUACGGCGGGAACAUCGAUCUCAACCAGGAGCAGGAGUUGUCGCAGGAUGUGCAGAAGAAGAGGGCGACCAAGGGCAUCGAGGCUGUUCGGGCGCACAUGCAGUCGAAGUCCCACUGCCGCAUCAAGUAUGACACGGAAGCGGCGCAACUCAACAUUGCCGAUUUCUACGACUUCCGUCCCUCGUACCCCGACUACGAGGAGCGGCAGAAGCGCAAGGCCGCGAGGCGCGCUGCCAAGGCUGCGGCGAAGGCUGCUGCGUCUGGCGCUGCGGAAGGAUGGGAGGAUGUCGAAGAUGAGGAGAUGGCUGAUGGGCAGGAGGGCGAGGAUGUCGAGGUCGUCUACCAGGAGGGAUCGGACGAUGACUCGUCCGAAUCGGACAGCGACGACGAGGACGAGGGAGUGCCCGGCGGAACGUCAGUCACGUACGGUGACACGGAGUACGAGCUCGUCCUGCCGUCUGGCGCUCGCAUCGGUCACCGCGCGCACCGCCGUGCCUACAAGCAGAACAUCCUCCCCUACCUCGACGGCACGCCCUUCAAGGCACCCGCACACGCAUCGCAGGAGGAGAAGAAGCCUUCGCAGCACUCGCAGGCGCUCCUCUCGCUCGUCCCGGCCAUGAAGCGCGACCGCACCCACGCUCCGCCUCUUCACUCGGCUGCGCUCGUGCCCGCCAAGGGUGCUGGCAGGGGCGCGAACGGCGAGGUCAUCAAGGCGCGGAAUAAGGGUGAGGCAAAGCAGGCGGGCAAGGCGACGAGGGAGUUCCACGAGAUCCGCGCGCACCAGGACCAAGCGUUCGUGCGCGGCAUCCGGGGCAACAACCAGAAGCAUUUCCGCGACCAUCUCUUGCAGUAG